UCAUCGCCGAAGCACAUCCGAUUCGCCGGCUGGACUCAAAUGUCCGACCCGAUGGGCCCCUCUGCAUUCAAUGCAGUCGUUUAUUCAUUACCUGCCUCACCACCCAGUCUCUCUCUCCUCCCUCGACUUGUCUCUUACUCUAAGCCUACCCUUCUCUUCUGUUAACAGGUUUUAUUGCUCUUCUGAACGAUCUCUUUUACAACGUCCCAUCCAUAUCACUAGUACGCAUAUCUGGCCACCUAUUAAUAUCUUCAUUCUCAGUCUUCUCCCGAUACCACCCGUAAAUUCUAUGCCUCUUCUUCUCCUUCCUCUCUCUCUUCCUUACUCCUCGCCUUCUUCACUUUCUCAACAUGAUGGUCCAAGAGGAAGUCAUGAGUGAUGCCUCUGCUCCUCCUCGUCCCGUGCUUUUCAUAUCCGCUGGCGCUAGCCAUUCCGUUGCCCUUCUCUCUGGAAAUGUUGUUUGCUCUUGGGGACGGGGAGAGGAUGGGCAACUGGGACAUGGUGAUGCCGAGGAUCGACUUUUUCCUACGCACCUGAGUUCACUGGAUGGCCAAGAAAUAGUAUCUGUUACUUGUGGAGCUGACCACACGAUUGCAUAUUCAGAGUCCCGCAUGCAAGUAUUUAGUUGGGGAUGGGGUGACUUUGGAAGGUUGGGUCACGGUAACUCUAGUGACUUAUUCACUCCCCUGCCAAUUAUAGCGUUGCAGGGUCUAAGGAUAAAGCAAAUUGCUUGUGGGGACAGCCAUUGUUUGGCAGUUACCAUGGAAGGCGAGGUGCAGAGUUGGGGGCGGAAUCAGAAUGGCCAACUUGGACUUGGCACCUCUGAGGACUCUCUUGUGCCACAAAAAGUUCAGACAUUUCAGGGUGUACCUAUCAAAAUGGUAGCUGCAGGUGCUGAACAUAGUGUAGCUGUCACUGAGCAUGGGGAACUGUUUGGAUGGGGUUGGGGACGAUAUGGAAACUUGGGAUUGGGAGACAGAUCUGAUCGCAUGUUUCCUGAAAAAGUUUCUUCUGUUCAUUUACAUGGUGACAAGAUGGUCAUGGUUGCUUGUGGCUGGCGGCAUACAAUAUCUGUUUCUUCUUCUGGAGGAAUUUACACAUAUGGGUGGAGCAAAUACGGCCAGCUAGGACAUGGGGAUUUUGAGGACCACCUUGUGCCUCACAAGCUUCAGACCUUGAACGAUAAAUUUAUUUCUCAGAUAUCAGGUGGUUGGAGGCACAGUAUGGCAAUAGCAUCUGGCGGACAUCUAUAUGGCUGGGGUUGGAAUAAGUUCGGACAGGUUGGAGUUGGUGACAAUGUUGAUCAUUGCUCUCCCGUACCUGUGGAAUUUCCCCUUGACCAGAAAGUAGUUCAGGUCUCAUGCGGAUGGAGACACACUAUUGCUGUUACUGAUAGACAAAAUGUAUAUUCUUGGGGAAGGGGCACAAAUGGACAGCUUGGACAUGGCGAAACUAUUGACCGGAAUGGACCUAAGAUUAUUGAGCUCCUGAGUGUUGAUGGGUCUUGUGGGCAGCACAUAGAAUCAUCCUCAAAGGCUGAUCCAUUGUCUGGGAGAACUUGGGUCUCACCAGCGGAGAGAUAUGCAGUUGUUCCAGAUGAAAAUGUUUCUGGACUGCCUGGUAGUUCAGGGAGGGGAGACGCAAGCGUCCCUGAAAGUGAUGCCAAAAGGGUCCGAAUUUGAAUGCUUAGUUUUCAGCAGAUGAGAAGAAUGUGUUGUGCAGGUCUACUUCUCACGUCAGUCCAUGAGAGUCAUCACAUGCUACUAAGUACUGAUAUUUGGCUUUGAUGAUGAACCAUGAUGGUUGUAAAUUGAAGCCGUGUCUUGAUGAAUGUUGUGUCUGAUUGUCGUCUUCUUCUGUGUCUAGUUGUUAGGGAAUACUACCUCUAGCAUAGCUUUGGUUUAAUCUUCGUUUCAACGUGUUUCUUAGAAUGUGUAUUUUGCUAGGUCCUCGUACAGGGCUUCUUGAAGGCAUGACCAAUCAGCCUUGAAUCCUUUGGCGUUAGUUUGUGAAACUCUCAUCCAUUUGGAAUAAUUUUAUGGUUUUGCCAAUGCUAUGUUUUUUUACUGA